AUGCACGAAUUGACGCCCGGUUCCGGGUCUCGUCUCGACCCUGCAUCGGUAUCUUUUGACGGCAGGGCCUGGGUCAAGGCUUUCCUUCAACUCGCACAGUCAGACCCCCAGGCUGCCCCGAUGCGAGUCCUUGGUGUUGCUUUCAGGUCCCUCAAUGUCUUUGGCUGGAGCACCGGCACCGAAAGUCAGAUGACGGUCACCACCCGCAUCACAAACUUGUUUCAGUCAAUUGCUCAGUUGGCAACGGGAAAUAAGCAAAAACGCCGAAUCGACAUUCUUCGCGACUUCGAAGGUGUUGUGGCUGAAGGAGAGCUUCUACUUGUCCUAGGACCUCCAGGUUCGGGCUGUUCGACUCUUCUGAAAACGCUGGCUGGCGAAACCUCUGGGCUCCAAGUCGCCCCUGAAUCUUAUCUCAACUUCCGCGGCAUUCCCUCCCAAAAAAUUCGAUCGUCCCUUCGAGGCGACGUGCUCUACAACGCCGAGGUCGACACCCACCUCGCGCACCUGACAGUUGGCGAAACUCUCUCCUUCGCUGCUCGUGCACGAUCGGUUCGCAAUGUUCCCAGCGGACUUUCAAGGGCACAAGCUGAUGGCAUGAUUCGCGAUGUCAUCAUGGCCGUCUUUGGUAUCGGCCAUACCAUUAACACCCGCGUAGGCAACGACUUCGUACGCGGCGUCAGCGGAGGUGAGCGUAAGAGGGUUAGUAUCGCCGAGGCGGCGCUCACCGGGGCCAAGUUCCAGUGCUGGGAUAACUCCACGCGAGGAUUGGAUAGUGCGAAUGCGGUAACGUUCUGCCGCAACUUGAGGGUGCAAUCUGAUCUUUUGGGUGUUGCGGCUGCUGUGGCCAUCUACCAGGCCCCACAGUCGGCCUACGAUCUGUUCCACCGCGUCACUGUAUUGUACGAAGGGAGACAGAUUUUCUUUGGAAAGAUCGAAGAGGCGAAAUCUUACUUUGAAGACUUAGGAUUUGAGUGUCCUCCAAGACAGACGACCCCCGAUUUCCUUACCUCUAUGACAAGCGCAAGCGAGCGACGAGCUAGACCCGGAUACGAGGACCAGGUCCCUCGCACGCCCGACGAGUUUGCUCAGCGUUGGAAGUCGAGCCGUCAACGACAAUCUCUGCUCCAGGAGAUUGAUGGCUAUGAAAGAUUACAUCCGACAGAGGAGAGGUUUGCGGAGUACGAAGCUUCGCGCCGCGCCGAGCAAGCCCGUUCCCAGCGUCCCGGUUCACCCUAUACGAUUUCCUAUCGGCAACAGGUCGAACUGACCCUGUGGCGCGGCUGGAGAAGACUUCUUGCCGAUCCAUAUUUCACCAUCGCCCAGUUACUUUUCAACCUCAUCAUGGCGCUCAUCCUUGGCAGCAUGUUCUUCAACCUCAAGGAAGAUACAUCGAGCUUUUACUAUCGAGGCGGCAUCAUUUUCUUUGCCCUGCUUCUGAACGCCUUCGCAAGCCAGCUUGAAGUGCUCACUGUUUACGAAGAGCGUCCCAUCGUCGAGAAACAUAACCGCUACGCCUUCUACCAUCAGUCAACACAAGCUAUUGCUAGCUACCUCAUGGAUCUCCCCUACAAGAUGGUAAACAUGUUUAUAUUCAACCUCAUCGUUUACUUCAUGGCCAAUCUUCGUCGAGAGCCCGGUCCGUUUUUCUUCUUCUGCCUGACCAGCUUCAUCGUCACGCUCAUCAUGUCGUCCCUCUACCGCACCCUCGCCUGCGUCACCCGAACAUCGCACCAGGCGAUGGUCCCAAGUGCCAUACUCAGCAUCGGACUCAUGGUGUACACAGGUUUCACUAUCCCAACAAUGUACAUGCGCGGUUGGUCACGCUGGAUGAACUACAUCAACCCUCUUGCUUAUGGGUUUGAGGCUCUAAUGGCAAAUGAGUUUCACGACAGGGAGUUUCCUUGCGAGGGUAUCAUCCCUCACGGAACUGGGUACGAUAUCCUCCCUAGCGACUCCACGGUUUGUCCAGUCGUUGGCGCCUUGCCAGGCAGUGCCACGGUGCAAGGUGACAGGUACAUCAACAUGGCAUUUGCUUACUAUCAUGGGAACAAGUGGAGAAAUGUCGGUAUCCUUAUCGCAUUUCUCAUAUUCUUUCUGAGCGCCUACACCACGGCCGCUGAGUUCGCCAAGCCGCCGAAAAGCAAGGGUGAGGUGUUGGUGUUCCCGAAGGGCAAGCUUCCGUCAGAAUCGACCAAAACGGCUGCAGGUGACCUUGAAGGACAAUCUAUUGGCCGGACAGCUAUUUCGAAAAAACCCGCUAGCGAUCGCUCGGCUCCAACCCUAGUGACCGGGACGGCUGUGUUUCAUUGGGAGAAUUUGUCGUACGACAUCAAGAUCAAGAGUGAAGACCGGCGGAUUCUUGAUCAGGUUGACGGCUGGGUGAAGCCCGGCACGUCUACAGCGCUCAUGGGCGUUUCUGGUGCCGGAAAAACCACCCUUCUCGACGUCCUCGCCACCCGGGUUACGAUGGGCAUCGUCACCGGCGAUACCCUCAUCAACGGCAUGCCGACGGACUCCUCUUUUCAACACCGCGUGGGCUACGUGCAGCAGCAAGACCUCCAUCUCAGCACCGCCACUGUCCGCGAGGCUCUCUCUUUCAGCGCUAUUCUUCGCCAGUCUGCCGAAGUUUCCCACUCUGAGAAGCUCGACUACGUCGACCAAGUCAUUGAUAUGCUCGACAUGCAGGCAUUUGCCGAUGCCGUUAUUGGCGUGCCGGGCGAGGGCCUCAAUGUUGAACAGCGGAAACGACUCACUAUUGGUGUGGAACUCGCAGCGAGACCGCAACUGCUCUUAUUCCUCGACGAGCCGACUUCAGGCUUGGAUUCGCAGACUUCAUGGUCAAUUAUUGAGCUGAUCAAGAAGUUGACGAGAAGUGGACAGGCUGUUUUGUGCACCAUCCAUCAGCCAUCGGCUAUUCUUUUUGGUGAAUUCGAUCGCCUGUUAUUGCUUGCGCCAGGAGGCAAGACGGUAUAUUUCGGAGAGCUCGGAGAUUCGUCCAAGACCCUCAUAGAGUACAUGGAGCGAGGUGGUGCCCCGAAGUGUCCUGCUGAGGCAAACCCAGCUGAAUGGAUGCUCAAUGUGAUAAAGCCUUCGACGAAGGAUAGCUCCCCUAUCGACUGGUAUCGAACCUGGCGAGCUUCUCCCGAGUUUGAAGCCGUCAAGCGUGAGCUGGACCGGCUUCGGGCUCUUGAGAAAACCAUGCCGACUCCUAACGAAGACCAUGAGUCCCAAUAUCGGGAAUUCGUCACAUCAUUCCAGACGCAAUUCUGGCAAGUCUUUGUCCGAACUCAUCGACACUUCUGGCGGUCACCCACUUAUAUCUGGUCCAAAAUACUGAUGAUAUCUAUUUCGUCCAUAUACCUCGGGUUCAGCUUCAGGGCAGCCAACACGAUGCAAGGCCUGCAGAAUCAACUUUUUGCAAUUUUCAUGUUUCUUGUUCUUUUUGGAAAUCUCAAUGAGCAGAUAAUGCCCAUGUUUGUACCACAACGUGAUCUCUUCGAGAUUCGAGAGCGGCCAUCAAAGAUUUACCGCUGGAAUAAGGCCGCUUGGAACACGCUCAUGGCUGUCAUCAUUUUCGUCUGUUGGUAUUAUCCGGUCGGAUUUGUCAUGAACACUUCGCCGGGGGACGAACACUCCCGUGGCCUCCUCGUGUUCUUCUUCCUCUGGAUGUUUAUGCUGUUCACCAGCACUUUCUCGCACUUUUCAAUUACGUGGAUCCCCACUGCCGAUACUGCUGGUGUGUUCGCGAGCCUACUAUGGAUGCUCUGCCUCUGUUUCUGCGGUGUGGGCGUUGCUAAAGCGGACCUUCCCAGUUUCUGGACCUUCAUGUACUAUAUAUCUCCCGGAACCUACCUCGUCGGCGGCGUCAUGUCCUCUGCCAUCGCCAACGCAGAGGUUACCUGCGCUGCAAGCGAGAUCCUGCGCCUUGCACCACCAAGCGGGAUGGACUGCCUUGAGUUUCUCGGUCCCUUUGCUGCGGCUGCGGGCGGAAACCUUUUGACACCUAAUGCGACGGAAACGUGUCUCUACUGUUCCAUCUCGAACACGAAUCAAUUCUUGGCGCGGUACAGUAUCAAGUACGCCACCAGGUGGCGAGACUUUGGCGUCUUGUGGGCCUAUGUCUUGUUCAAUGUCGGCGCUGCGUUGGGUCUAUACUGGGCGUUUAGAAUGCCGAAGGGCAAGGGCACGAAAAGGGGUUAG